UUACUCGAGCACACCUUAACAUCAAAAUGUUGAAAAGCCAUGAAAAUAGCUUGACAAGAUUAAAGUCAUUAAAUUGUAACGUUGCAUCAGGUCAAAAUACUCUUAUUUUCUUGACAUCUCACCGGAAGUCCCUUGUCAGACUGCUAUUUUAAAAAUGGCGGAGUGCUUGGCCGCACGCUUAGCAUCUCAAGAGGAGCAAAUUCGCCUGCUCACUGGGGAGAUAUCUACCCUCCGGGAAGGACUUAUUCGGGGUCUGGAUAUCAGCGAUAACGUGCAGGUCUCUCGUGAAUUGGAGACCCUUAGAACCGAGAAUGAGAAGCUCAAGUACCGGCUCUUGCACCUCCGCCGGGGUCUGCAGGCGGAGCUAGACCUGGAGAAGGGCAAGACGAAGCAAGAAGAGAAGAAGAAUAAAAGCCCCAAGGAGCUGCAAGCUAACAACAAGAGUGAUAAAAAGGCUUCACCACAGGCUCCCAAAUCUGGAGACAAGAGCAAGGAGAAGAAGCAGGAGAAGACAAAUGGAGAUGGUGGUGUCAAACAGUCCAAAGCUCUGCCUGGAUACGUGAGCGAGCGCCUCAGUCUCUAUCAGGAGCUGAAGAAGGAGAAUGAUGCACUCCUCGCCAAGAAGGCUGCAGGCAGCAAACCAAUCACUGUGCAGCUACCAGAUGGUCAGAAAGUGACAGGGAAGUCCUGGAUCACCACGCCAUACCAACUGGCCUGUGACAUCAGUCAGGGACUUGCGGACAAUGCUGUGAUCUCCCGUGUGAAUGGAGAACUGUGGGACUUGGACAGACCUCUGGAGAAGGACUGCUCUUUGGAAAUCCUGCGCUUCGACAAUGAAGAUGCUCAAGCUGUGUACUGGCACUCCAGCGCUCACAUCUUAGGCGAGGCCAUGGAGUGCUUUUACGGAGGUUGCCUGUGUUACGGACCCCCCAUAGAGAACGGCUUCUAUUACGACAUGUUCCUGGAUGGACAAAAGACGGUGUCCAGCACUGAGUUUGGGGCCUUGGAGAGCUUGUGCAAAAAUGUAGUGAAGGAAAAGCAGCCGUUUGAAAGACUGGAGAUAACCAAGGAGACUCUUUUGAAGAUGUUUAAGUACAACAAAUUCAAGUGCCGCAUUCUGAAUGAAAAAGUCACCACACCCACCACCACAGUUUAUAGAUGUGGGCCCUUAAUUGACCUCUGCAGAGGUCCACAUGUCAGACACACCGGCAAGAUCAAGGCCUUAAAGAUCUACAAGAACUCAUCCACCUACUGGGAGGGUCGUUCCGACAUGGAGACCCUUCAGAGGAUCUAUGGUAUCUCCUUCCCUGAUUCAAAGAUGCUGAAGGAAUGGGAACGUUUUCAGGAGGAAGCUAAGAAUAGAGAUCAUCGCAAGAUUGGCAAAGAUCAGGAGCUGUUCUUCUUCCAUGAUCUCAGUCCUGGCAGCUGCUUCUUCAUGCCACGUGGAGCCUACAUUUACAACACGCUCACCGAGUUCAUCAGGGAAGAGUACUGGAAGCGAGGGUUUCAGGAAGUGGCCUCCCCCAACAUCUACAACAGCAAACUGUGGGAGACAUCAGGUCACUGGCAGCACUACAGCGAGAACAUGUUCUCCUUCCCUGUGGAGGACGACGUCUUCGCAUUGAAGCCCAUGAACUGCCCAGGACACUGUUUGAUGUUCAGCCACCGUCCACGUUCAUGGAGAGAGCUUCCCCUCAGACUGGCAGACUUUGGGGUCCUCCACAGGAAUGAGCUGUCGGGAACACUGACUGGACUGACGAGAGUGCGUCGCUUUCAACAAGAUGAUGCUCACAUUUUCUGCACAAUGGAUCAGAUCGAGUUGGAGAUGAAGGGGUGCUUGGACUUUUUGCGCUGCGUCUACGAUGUGUUUGGCUUCUCCUUCCAGCUUCACCUCUCCACACGUCCAGAGAAGUACCUGGGAGAUGUGGCUGUGUGGAACCAAGCUGAGAAGCAACUUCAGAACAGCCUGGAUGAAUUUGGGGAGCCUUGGAAACUCAACCCCGGAGACGGUGCCUUUUAUGGUCCCAAGAUUGACAUCAAGAUCAAAGACGCAAUCGGACGCUAUCACCAGUGUGCAACCAUUCAGCUGGACUUCCAGCUGCCCAUCCGCUUCAACCUGACCUUUGUGGGGAAGGAUGGAGACGAUAAAUGUCGUCCGGUUAUCAUUCACCGCGCCAUCCUGGGCUCAGUGGAGAGAAUGAUUGCCAUCCUCACUGAAAACUACGCUGGAAAAUGGCCAUUUUGGCUGUCACCGCGUCAGGUGAUGUUUGUGCCUGUCAACCCAUCCUGCGAGGAGUAUGCCAAAAUGCUUUGCAAGCAGUUCACAGAGGCAGGUAUCAUGGCGGAUGCUGACCUGGACGCUGGCUGCAUGUUGAAUAAAAAGAUCCGCAACGCUCAGCUGGCUCAGUACAACUUCAUCCUUGUGGUGGGAGAGAAGGAGAAGAUGACCAACUGCGUCAAUGUCCGCACAAGAGACAACAAAGUCCAUGGAGAGCUGCCUGUGGCCGAGGUGCUGACUCGCCUGACCCUGCUCAAAGAGUCACGAUGCAAAAACGCUGAGGAAGAGUUCUAAUCAUGACAAGUCCAGGAAGACUGAAGCUUGUCUUUUGUUUGGACACGAAGACACUGUGGGAAAUUAUGCUUACUCAGAUGGAACCAGGCGGGGAUGAAAAAUGAUGCAUUCAUUUUAAGUUGAUGAAUGGAUUAGUGACGUUGGAAAAGCUUGUUUUCCUGUUAUGGAUUUGAGUUGAGGAUGUUGGGAGGAAACCUGUCAAUGUGUGGAGGUGUAUUUGAGUAACUUAAUUUGACGACUGAAAAUGUGAGCUUCAAAAAACUGUGUGCACUGAA